AUGGAUCGAAUAAUAAAAAGUGUUGCAGCCAAUCCAAAUGUAAUAAAAGGCGUGAAAUGUGGUAGAACAAAUACAAAAGAAACCGUAACAAAUGUACUACAUAAAAAUUUUGUUGAAAAGAUAAGCGAUUGUUUGAGAAAUAACAAAUUCUCUCUUAUAAUAGACGAAGCAACAGAUGUAAGUUCAGCAAAGUGUUUGGCUUUAGUGGUUCGCUAUUUUGAUAAAGAAAACGGGAAAAUUCGAGAUCAUUUUUUAAGUUUAAUCGAACUUGAUAAGAGUGAUUCCAAAACAAUUUUUGAAUCAAUUAAAGCUUUUUUUGAACGAUUUAAAAUUCCCUUAACAAACUUAAUUGGCUUUGCAGCUGACAAUGCCUCAGUGAUGAUGGGUCAAAUAAAUGGAGUGCAGAGGCUCCUUAAAGAUAUAAAUCCUCACUUGUAUGUUAUUGGAUGUAUCUGCCACUCUAUGCAUUUGUGUUCAUCGAAAGCUGCUAAGGCCAUUCCAAGUAAAAUCGAGAAUCUUGUGAGGGAUAUAUACCUAUUUUUUAAUUAUAGCAGUAAAAGGCAAAAAGAGUUCGUUGAAUUUCAAAAUUAUUUCAAUUUAGAAAACCAUAAAAUUUUGAAAGUAUCUAAUACCCGUUGGUUGUCUAUGGAAAAUGCCGUGUACAGAGUAUUGGAACAAUGGAAAGCCUUAGUUCAUUAUUUUCACUUAACAAAUUUUGAAAAAAACCAUGAUAUGACAAAUGACAUACUGACAAAUAUGAAUGAUAAAAUGAUGAACAUCUAG